AUGGUCGCGUGUGCUCAGACUGUUGAUGAAAUCAAGAAACAGCUUCAAACAGCUGCAGAAAAUGAUGAUCAGACGUUGUGCGAAUCACUGCUCAACGAAGUGCGACCGUUGGUGACAACCCGAGAAAUUCUAGAGGAAACAAGAAUCGGAUUCGUUGUAAACCAGCUUCGUAGGCAGUACUUCAAAAAAUGGCCAGCUUUGUUGAGGAUAAGUCGAGAAGUGAUCAAGUCUUGGUCCGAAAUUGUAUGCGACGAAACCUCAAAGAGACCUCAAAGUGGAGCUUCUUCUCGGAAUACAACUCCGAAUGUUCUCUCGCCCAGCAUGGCAAAGCUCAUGCAGCGAGGGAUAACUCCCAACACACCGGCAGGAAGACGUGUCACAUCUACCGGACUCCAGGGUUCACAACAGAGACUCGUGUCGCCAUCCAAUGGAUCCUAUGCUCCUCGAAAUCAAGUUUCACCUGGCGAAGCUACUCCCGCUACAAAUGGUAUUCAUAAAUCGGCAUCGGUUGGUGGUGAGCUGCUGAAGCACGCAACAGCAUCGCUUUCAACGAAACCAAUCACUCCUAAAGAGAACGGAAAACGGAAAGCAACAGAUGAAGUUGUGGCACCAUCGAUUAAGAGGACUAAAACAGCAGCCGGAGCUUUAUCGAUUUCAGUUUCUCCAGGAAUUUCUUCAGCAAUGGCUCCUCAAACACCAACGAUGUCUGUUUCUGCAGCAAGAAAAGCUGUUCAGAGUACUAGCGAAUUGUUCGCUCAGAUGAGUGAGACUCUACCUGGUCAUAUCGACAUUGGUUCUGAUAUCAGAGAACACGAAGAACGGUUAAAGCGAGAACAUAAAGACGAAGAGGUAUGUUGCAAAUUAUCAGCUAGAGAUUUUCAGCUAGCAUACAGCCUUCAAGCUUCUGCCAGCUACGGUAGCUUCGGAACAGUUGAGCGAAAAAAGAGAAAGUACGAGCGGAAAAACCAGAAGGUCACUACACCGACCACUCCGGCAGCAGUUGCUUCUCCUGCUUUGCAGACGACUACCACGGUCACGCCUUCCGCCCCAACUCCUCCAGAAGGCCAUAUACCACCGCUGGUCUUACGUUUCAACAAGAAUGGGCUCACUUCCACGUCGUCUACUCCAGUUCUCAACUCCUCUGAAAGCUGUUCAUCGAAGAAAAAGUACGAGAAGAGCAUCCGUUCGAUUCCUCGUUCUACAACACCCCCACCAGUGGUCAGGAACCAGGAAAAGGAACGUGAAAAAGAAGAGACGAAACGGGAAAAAGAGCGCCAAGAAGCUUUAAAGCGAAAGAUGGAAGAAGAAGAGGAGGACGAUGAAGAAGUCGAAGAAAAGCCAAAGCAAGUACUUAGCAAGUUGACCAGCUGGGAUUCCUUGAUUCCAACCAUGGAAGAGUUGCAACUUCGUGUGAAACGUGCCGAAAAGGAAACGAAGAAGGUGGUUGAAAAGACUGCUGGAAAGACUAGAAAGGAUCCUACCAAAGUCCAACUUGUCAAAAAUUUCCGCCGGCCUAUCCUGAUUCUGCCGUAUCUCGAAAACCCAACUGGGCCGGAUUUCUUGUUACACAAAUAUCCCAACAGCCUACAGUACUACUCCGAGGACAAUUUCAGAUUCGGAGAGAAGCGUCCAUCGGCGUAA